GUUAUAAGUGUGUCAACAGGAAGGAAUUUUGUGUUUAUUUUUACGUUAAACCCAAACACGUAUCAAAUCGUUCCACUUCCUCCUGCCAAUUUUAAUUAAGUUUCACAAGUUUCGUCAAAUGUUCCAAUAAGUAAAUUAUGUCCGCAAGCAUUUUACAAAAGCUCAUCAGGCAAUCGCAUUUAGCAUAUGGUCGAAUUGGCUCGAAAAUUUUGCUAAAUCGGGGUCCGAUUAGUUGGAAUAAGUUUUGUAGAGUUUUAGCCGUAGAGAACGCAGACUUGAAGUCACAACUGGACGACGAAAAUCUUGAAGUAACCACGACGGCACCUGUAACCGAAAAACCAGUGGACAUGUCAAAGUACCGCCUUCCAGCCGUUGCAGCACCUACCACCUACGACCUCUACUUAUACCCGGACUUGCAGACCGGACUUUUUAAAGGAAAAGUUUCGGCUGACACCGACAUCACAGAAAACACAAAUUCGGUAGUUCUGCACAGCAAUCAGCUGAAUAUAAAUAGCGUCCACAUAGGUGAAGAAGAAGGUGUGUUUGAAAUUGAUAAGGAUUAUGAAUUGUUGAGCGUGCGGAAGAGAGAUGGGUCCAACUUUGAAAAAGAUUCGAAGGUUAAAAUUACCGUGGAUUUUGACGGUGAUAUGAAGAAUAGAAUUGUGGGGUUGUAUACGAGCUCCUACACUAAUCCGGAGGGACAAGUAAGAUAUAUGGCGACUUCAAAAUUCGAACCGACGUACGCCCGUCAAGCGUUCCCGUGUUUCGACGAACCUCAUCUCAAGGCCACCUACAAAGUCCAUCUUUUAAAACCCAACGACCCCGCCUACACAGCUUUGUCAAAUUACCCACAAUAUGCCGAAGAAACUGUCGCAGAUGGGGUUAUGGUACAUUUUAACGAAACCGUACCCAUGUCCACCUACCUGUCGUGUUUCAUAGUAUCAGAUUUCGCUUAUACAAGUACGACGUUUCAAAAUGGCGACAGGGAAACCCCAUUCCGGGUUUACGCCAGCCCUCACCAAUUAGAUAAAACAACGUAUGCAGGCGCAGUGGGAAAAAGCGUUAUAGAAUACUACAUAAACUAUUUCAACAUCUCGUACCCUUUACCCAAACUAGACAUGGUUGCCAUUCCUGAUUUUGUGUCCGGCGCUAUGGAGCAUUGGGGGCUUGUGACCUACCGGGAAACGGCGCUUUUGUAUGACAGUUCGACGCACUCCGCCAGCAAUAAGCAAAGAGUUGCGGAAGUUGUGGCUCAUGAGCUAGCCCAUAGUUGGUUUGGGAAUUUAGUUACCAUGGAUUGGUGGAAUAACUUGUGGCUUAAUGAGGGUUUCGCCACGUAUAUUGCUGAUAAAGGGGUGGAGGCGGCGGAACCUGAUUGGAAAAUGGUGGAACAAUUUCAGAUUAACACCCUUCAUUCGAUCUUGUCACUAGAUGCCACUCAAGGGUCGCACCCCAUUAUUCAAACCGUGGAAACUCCGGAUCAGAUCACCGAAGUUUUUGACACAGUGUCAUACAACAAGGGUGCCUCCGUCCUAAGAAUGUUGGAAUACGUGGUAACCCCCGAAAACUUCCAAAAAGGAGUCACCAACUACUUGAACAACCACCUCUACGGAAACGCAGAGACCCAGGAUUUAUGGAACGAAAUCCAAAAAGUGGUCGGUGAAGGCCUCAACGUCACGCAAUUCAUGGACACCUUUACAGUACAAAUGGGAUACCCAAUCCUCGAAACCAAAGUACAAGGAAAUCAGUAUACCUUUACGCAGAAACGCUUCCUGAAAGACUACGAAACCGCCGCUAGGCAAAAAAAUUCGCCUUUAAAUUACAAGUGGAGCAUACCCGUGUCGUACGUCACGGAUUUAGGGACUUCCCAAAUCCACUGGUUCGACUACGGAGCAAACGAGCUGGUUGUGGAAAAACCAUCGGGUACUAAAUGGAUCAAAUUCAACCCUAGUCAAGUUGGUUACUAUAGAGUGAAUUACGAAGAAAAUGACUGGAACGUGCUGAUCGAAAACAUUAACGAUCUGUCACUGGGGGAUAAAACACACUUGUUGGAGGAGAGCUUCAGCAUAGCAGAAUCUGGGGAUUUAAGUUACACGAUCCCUCUAACUCUAACUAAAUACUUAGUUAAUGAAACGCACUAUAUUCCGUGGAGUGUGGCCUCGUCACGACUGCAAAGUAUCUCAAACUACCUACAAACGUCUCAAUUUGACUCCAAUUUUAAGUCGUACGUGAUUGGUUUGUUGACGCCGGCGUAUGACAAGUUGGGUUGGGAUGAUUCCAACGACAGCGAAGGACACUUGGAGAAGUUAGCGAGAGUUGUCGUUUUAAAUCUGGCAUGCGCAAUGGACUACGAUGUGGCUCUGAAUGAGUCAAAGACGCGGUUUGAUGAGUGGAUACUUGACCCGACUGUACCCAUAUCGCCUAACUUGAGGUCUAUUAUUUACAAAUUCGGAAUGGUGACUGCCGACGAGGUUACGUGGAACAAAGUUUUUGACUUAUUUGCCAAAGAAAGCGAUGCCAAUGAGAAGCUAAAGUUGAUGAACGGGCUUGCGAACGUGCGGAACCCAUCAUUGUUGACAAAAUUAAUAGAGUUAGCCAAAAAUGAGACCGUAGUGAGAGGUCAAGACUACUUCACCCUGUUGCAGUACAUAGCGGCGAACCCUAUCGGGACCCCUAUAGUCUGGGAUUACGUUCGAGAAAACUGGAAGUACCUGGUGGACCGCUUCACCCUGAACGACCGAUAUUUAGGCCGCCUCAUACCCAGUAUAACCAGCAGAUUUGCCAUCACCACUAAAAUUGAAGAGAUGCAACACUUCUUCGCUAAAAACCCGGAUGCAGGGGCAGGAGCGGCCGCUCGAGUGCAGGCACUUGAAACUGUUACCAACAACGUGAAAUGGUUGAGCAAAUAUCAAUCGGUCGUCGAACAAUGGAUAACGAGUUCCUAAUACACUACCUCAAUAAAAAAUUGCUCAAAA